AUGUUCACCCUCACUGCGCGCUACGCCGCGGAGCUCACUUUCAGUAUCGAGUCGCCCGUCCUCACUACGACGCCUCCUUCCAACGCUGCAAGGAUAGUGACUAGCCAAACCAACUGUGAUGAGACUGUAGCCUUGAUAAGAGAGGGCGAGUUCCUCAAUCUCAUUAUACGGUGGUACCGACAUCCUGGCUACUCCCCAGGCCUCAACUCCCAUUCGUAUCGAUUCCUGCAUAUCGUCCCCCGCACAAGAGGAGGUGCAGUUAUCACUACCAUAAUCAACAACCGGGCUUUGGAAGGAAGAAUUCCUAUCAAAGGAAGGGUCAAAGUCAACGCGGUCCUCCACAAAGAUAAAUACUGCUUCGACAUUGUGCUCUCUUUCAGUAGGGAGCUGACCAGGAAGCUUGAUUACCCCGAUGCCGAUUUAUCGAUUCGCGACACUAUGAAGGUCCUGCUCAAAGACAUGGGAUCUGCUAAUGUCUGCUUUGUCUUCGAGUCUGGCAAGGACAAGGCGCGCUUGUAUUAUGGUCUCUGGGCUCAUCGCGCUAUUCUCUCACGCUUCAUACGCUUUACCCAAAGCAUCAAAGACGAGCUCGAAGACGUGACUAAGGGUCUCCCCCCACCCUACGGCAUUUCCGAGGAUGACAGUCGCGAACUGCUGACAGUUCCGAUGCACGGUUUUACUUUGGCCACCUUCUGCGUCCUGUUACGGUACAUCUACACUGACGAGAUCAACCUCUCCGUUGAUGCGAGCCAGUACGCUAUUUCCACCACCAAGAGCCAUGCCUUGUGGAGGAUCCUCGACGGACCAGAGGAAAUGGGGUUACAGUGGGAGAGGCAGCAGCAAGAACCUGUGCGUUGGAGCUCUCCUAGUCGAAACUCUCUGAAGCUCGUGGAUGUGACCUGGGAAGAACUUUUGGUCGUGGCAGAUCAUUACAACAUGGAAGGCUUGCGGCUCAAGUGUGAGGACGCGGUGAUCCACGCAAUCAACAAGAAUAACGUGGUCAAGACCCUGUUCACAAUUGGGGACAAGUUUGAGAGUGUCAAGGAGUCGGCACUGGAUUAUAUUGUCAAGAACAUGCCCGAAAUGCUCUUGGAGGGUGCGGAUCCAUUCCAGUCUUACAAGCAUAUGCCUGCUUGCCAUAACAUAAUACUGGAGCUGAUGCGUCGCAAGGCCGCGAGUGUUUGA